CGAUACGUAUUUCAUAUCUCCGCGACUAUAAGUUCCUAACCUAUAAAAAUUUGUUAUAAUGAAUGUUGUGACUUGUGUUCGUGUAUUCUCGUUCUCUUGAUUUCAGUCCUCGAGUCCUGUACAAGUUUCUCAUUUUUCUUCGUUCCUGAAGCAAAAUGACUACCAGUAAGAAGAAGACUAGGAAGUUGCGAGGUCAUGUCAGUCAUGGACACGGUCGUAUUGGUAAACACAGGAAGCAUCCCGGAGGUAGAGGUAAUGCUGGUGGUAUGCAUCACCAUAGAAUAAAUUUUGACAAAUACCAUCCUGGUUAUUUUGGAAAGUUGGGUAUGCGUAAUUACCAUUUAAGAAGAAAUUCAAAAUGGUGCCCUGCUAUUAACCUUGAACAACUAUACACUUUAAUCCCUGAAGAAACAAGACAGAAAUACGAAAAUGACAAAGAAAAAGCAGUUGUCAUUGAUGUAGUUCAAAAGGGUUAUUACAAAGUAUUGGGAAAAGGAAAUCUUCCCAAUCAGCCACUUAUUGUAAAGGCUAAAUUCUUUUCCAAGGUUGCUGAGCAAAAGAUUAAGAAAGUUGGUGGUGCCUGUGUACUCCAAGCCUAACUUGAUUUAUAUGUAUAAAUGACCAAUUAUAUUGAAAAAUAUAAUAAAAACAACUGUUUUUUAAACAUCGA